AGAACUUGAAACGUUCAUAAAUGCUAUAUAGCUCUGGGCGAAUCCAAAUCAGCCACCGCCAUCAUCUAGUCAGUACUCAAGGACAGCGACAUUGGAGACUUCAAUGGAUCCCAGUCUUUACAAGGACUUGAAGACCUCUCGUGGUGUCAAUUACCACUAUUACUAUCACCCAGCAUCGGAUUCUAGUAAACCCACAUUGCUACUUCUGCAUGGUUUCCCGUCGACGUCAACAGACUGGGCGCGUGUCGCCGAGUACUUCUCUAAGGAAGGCUAUGGCGUACUUGUUCCCGACCUCUUCGGUUACGGCGGCACAGACAAGCCAACCGAUCCAGAUGCUUAUCGUAUGAAGAACAUGACAAAAGAUAUCAUUGAUAUCCUCGAUGCGGAGAAACUUAAUAAAGUCGUCACCGUCUCGCAUGACUGGGGUAGCGGCCUCAACUCCCGGCUAGCGGUCUAUUAUCCGGAUCGCAUUUACGCCUUCGCGUUUUUCGCGGUGGGAUACGUCCCGCCUGCACCCUUCGACGUCGAUGCCAUCAAUGCAGCAAGCAUCGAGAAGAAUGGAUAUGCAAACUUUGGGUACUGGAAGUUCUUUGCGAAAGAAGGAGCUGAUAAGACCCUUCUUGAUCAUCUAGAGAGUUUCUUCUCGUUGAUAUACGGCAAGGGCCUUGACGGCGACGAAGGCAAGAAACACUUCUGCCCCGAGGGUGCGCUCGAAGAAUGGCUCCUAGCAGAUCGUAAAACAGAUAAGCUUAUCAUUAACGACGAGUUGAAAAGGUCGUACAUAGACAUCUUCUCGAAGAACGGCUUCGCAGGUCCCUUGUGCUGGUACAAGGCAUACGUCUUCAACCUAACCCAGCAAGAUGAUGCAAAAUUCCCUCAGUCUGCCUAUCCCAUCACGCAACCGGUUUACUUCGGCGCAUGCACAAACGACCCCGCCUGUGUCGCAGAAGAUAACAUCAACAUAGUUCAAGCGUUGUGUCCCAAUGCCACUAUUAAAGAGUUUAACUCGAGUCAUUGGGUCUUGCAUGAGUAUCCGUCUGAAGUGAACGAAGAGCUGAAGAAGUGGUUGAAUGGAUUAAAAUUGGAAGUACCAAAGAAGUCCAGCUUGUAGAAACGGUAAUGUAAUGUAGUAUAGAUAGUAUCGUGAUACAUCAGAAGAGAAACGUACACUGGAUAAUAAUAUCUAGCAAACCAUCUGCGCUCCACUGCAUUCUGUUUCAGCCUUCCAUUAAAGGUGAAAAAGGUGCAAUGGUCCAAAGGCAUUCAUACGGCAAGGAAGACGGUAUGGCGCAGCAGAAGCUGACGCAUGAAAUCCUUGUUUUGCCAUGCAGAAAGUAACAAGAUGUUGGCGAAGAGUUCGAUCAUGGUAUAUGUCAACAUUAAGAGCUUCGUUCAUAUGACUAUAGAAAUAGCCAUAGCUAUACACGCCAGUGCAACGUAUGGUGAUAAUCGUUCUCCUAUUCGUGCACACAUCCAAAAGAACCCAAGAAACCCAGACUUGUUGCGGUCAAUGAGACCGGGCAUAACCGACCGGACGUAUGUGCUUGUGCAAAUGAGAAGGAGAAUAACGAGUAAUAGCGAUGGAAAGUAGAAUAGUGCCGAC